AUGCAAAAGUUGCUGCAGUUAGCUACAGCAUUCCUCCUUGCGGGUUUCCCAACAGCCCUCUCCAUCGGGAAACACCCUUCUUGUCGGUGCAAAACAGAUGAUUCGUGCUGGCCAUCGCAUGCUAGAUGGAAGGCCUUGAAUGAGUCCAUCCAAGGUAACCCAGUUGCCGUUAGGCCGGUUGCUAACGUCUGUCAUGACCCAGCGUAUGACCCUGAGCAUGCAAGAAAACAAAGGCCAUUAGCCAGAAUUCUUUCUGGAGAGCAGAACAACAGGGAACUGUGCAGUUCACCAACUGGGAUACUUGGUCUGCUCAGUCUCAAAGUUGCUAUGUCGACAGUCCCCAAGGUGUUGCUUGUGGCCAAGGCCACAUACCGCUCUAUUCCGCUCGGGUUGAAUCACCCUCACAUAUCCAGGAGGCGCCUUAAUGUUUGCCGACCAGGACGACAAAGCGGCCGUUCAACGCCUGCUAGGCUUGCUGGUCACUGCAGUGGAGAAUAUGCCGUAAAUAUCGACAAGGUCAUAAUCUUCACUUACACCAUCGCCUCACCAAAAUCCAAUAGAAUCAUAAACGGGCUUCUCAAUGCCCAAGGGGAAACCGACCAAACCGGCGUCCCGGUUGCAAAAUUAGGUCCCGCCCUCUCGAGUCUUAAAUCUGUGACGGGAAGUGUCAUUACAGGCCAUAUCGUUGCGGGUGGGCAAGUUGCCAAGAAUGCCGGAAGGAAUGACAGUGCGCUGGAUCCUGCAUGGAGAAAGACACUAACGCAUAUCACAUUUAGUUCCUCGUGGAAUUCCAGCACUUCGUUUGAAGAACAGAAGAAGAUAUAUGAGAGGAUUACGAAAGUUCAAGUUCCUCUCCUCAAAGCGCUCGAGCCGGGGCAGAUGGGCGCUUACAUGAACGAAGCUGAUUCUCAUGAGGUGGACUUGCAGAAGUCCUUUUUUUGGAGAAAAAAUUAUAAGCGCCUGUAUGCGAUCAAAAAGAAAUGGGACCCUUCCGGACUCUUUAUUUCCCGUCUGGGUGUAGGGAGCGAGGACUGGUAUUGA